UAAGGAAGAAAAUAAAUUGACUGACAGGUAGCCAUAUUGUCAAAUUUAUUUUAUGGCGAAAUCUACAAAGACAGCCCAAACUCCAAUUUCCUGUCAACUUUGCAAUAAUGAUGCUGUCAUUAAUUGGAAAUGUAUCGAUUGUGAAUUGUGGUUGUGUGAUAACUGUAAAAUAAACGUUCAUUCUCGAUUCAAGUCGUCGGAGAAACACAGAGUCGUGUCCACCGAAGACAUUGGUAAUGAUAUAACAUCUCACCUCAAAGCCCUUCACAUUUCAGAAGUAAUAUCCUCCGUGUUUAACACAUACCAAACAGAGUUACCAUGCAUACAUAAAAUUGUUUGCAGUGAUGACGAUGUUGUGUUUCUGUUGUCUAACUCUGAUACUCAAAAUCACCAUUUAAUUCAGGCAAAAUUACGGAAGGAUUCGAUAAAAGUAUUACAACAAUUCGAUAUUGAGUGCCAGGACUUUGCAGUGAAUCGAGAUAGUGAAAUUAUCUUUGCACCAACCUCAAGAUCAGAGUUAAAAGCUAAAUCACGAACCGGCGAUGUUAGAACUAUUCUAAAGGCUUCUCCACUGAUGAUUCUAGCAAUUUAUCUAAACAAACACGGCGAGCUUCUACUUGGUUUAAGAGACAAGGGGCCUAAAUAUCCAGUGACGGAUUUUUGCACAAGGCAAGUAGUUAUUUUGGAUACCGAUUACAAACGUAAAUCGACUUUUGAAUAUGAUGACUCAGGAAUGAAGUUGUUCAGUUAUGCCGAUCGUAUUGUAAGUGAUUCGAAAAAUAACAUUUAUGUAGUAGAUGUGAUUAACGACAAGUGUCAUGGACAAAUAGUUUGCUUGGAUAUGAACGGAAAAAAAAAGUUUAUAUACAAGGGAUAUUCCAUUCUCAAUACACCUGAUACUCCGCUUAUACCUUGUGACAUUGCUAUUACACCGAAACAUGUUUUAUUAAUAUCAGAUUGGGGAAACCACGCUGUACAUGCCUUAACUGAAAAAGGGGAAAUAUGUGGACUACAAAGAACAAAAAGUCUUGGAAUACUUUUCCCAUGCAGUUUAUCAUUUGAUUCUGAGGGUUUUUUAUUGAUUGGGUGUGAAGUAGACCAAGGAGAAACCAAUCAACGAGCCAAGAUACACGCCGUAAAAAUUCAUUAAUCAUAUGAUGAAUUAGCAUGAAAUAAAAAAAAUAAAAAAAUUCAACGAUGAAAAUCACAACUCUUUAUUUUCAUUAAAAGAUCUAAGACUGUAGAUGCGACCUCAUUCCUUAUAAUAACAUCGUUUUCAAAAAACUAAUUCACUUUGUAAAUAUUCAUUUGGGACAAUUUUUCAUUUUUACCUAGCAUUAUUACGAUUGUGUGUUUGACAACAAAAUAAUCAAGGUAAUCUCAUGUUUGUGGAUUUGUGAUUCGAAUUGGACUAAGCAAAAUAAAGAUUUAUUUGGCCUUA